CUUCAUCACUUCAAGGAUUUUCAAAAUGGCGGCUAAAAUGAAUUUUCUCGGACUCGCAAAACUUUACAAUAUUUCUCUUUAUAAUCGUUUAAUUCCAAAACAAAAACUACUUGCAGCCUCACUGGUUCGCUUCCAGUCGACAUAUCAGGAUAUACAAUUUGACAAACUUACUGUGAAUGAAGCCACCAAACCCAAACCCAAGCCAGACAACAACACACUUGUGUUUGGUAAAGAAUUCACCGACCACUACCUUAGGAUAGAAUGGACUGAGAGUAAAGGAUGGGAUGCUCCAAAGAUCCUACCUUAUGGAGACCUGGCAUUGCCUCCUGCGGCAUCAGCACUGCACUAUGGUCUAGAGCUUUUAGGCAUCACGACUUUUGAAAUCUACCUUAGAAUGGUUGCCAAAAUUUCUCAAAUCUCGCAGAAAGCUUUAAGUGACUAUGUAUCAUUAUAUCAUGAUGGUCGYAACACAUCUAGCAGGAAUAACAAGACUGGCAUUUUGUCGGGCAGAGAUAAUGGUGCUUUGCUUAGUAGUUCAUUGUUUCCG